AUGUCAUCAAUUCUCCGCCAGAUAGUCGCAGGUCCAAGACAACAACACCCAGAGGCAGGGUUAGAUCUCUGCUAUGUGACAGACAAUAUCAUCGCAACCUCCGGUCCAUCGGCAACAUACCCUCAACGCGCCUACCGCAACCCACUAGACUCGCUAGUCAACUUCCUCGACACAAAACAUGGCACAGACUGGUGCAUCUGGGAAUUCCGCGCCGAAGGCACAGGAUACCCAGACUCAGAAGUCUACGGACGAAUCCACCACUUCCCCUGGCCAGAUCACCACCCACCGCCAUUUGCGCAUAUUCCAAACAUAAUGGGCAGCAUGCGGAACUGGCUACGGCGACUAGACGAGGAAAAAGAGCCAGACUCACCAGACACGGACAAAAACGAACGGGUCGCCGUUGUGCACUGCAAAGCAGGCAAAGGGCGCAGCGGGACGAUCGCAUGCGCAUACCUGAUCAGUCAGGAGGGGUGGAAGAAGGAAGAUGCGCUGCAGCGGUUUACGGAUCGACGCAUGCGGGUCGGCUUCGGGAACGGCGUUAGCAUUCCUAGCCAGCUGCGGUAUGUCGGGUACAUCGAUAAAUGGGCCAACGAGAUGGGGAAACAAUAUGUUGAGCGGCCGGUGGAGAUCCUGGAGGUUCAUAUCUGGGGUUUGAGAGAUGGGGUUAAGGUUGCGGUGGAGGGGUAUGUGGAUGAGGGGAAGAAGAUUAAGUGUUUUCAUCUGUUCCAUCGGAAUGAGCGUACCGUCGUUGAAGAUGGGGGCUCGACUUCUGAGGAACAAGAUGCUGGCAAGGGGCACGAUGUCACCACGCCAAAUCCCAUUUCCAACCCCAAGAUGGAAACCCCACUCCCUUCGUCUGCGACCUGGUCCCCGAUGGUAUCGGGAUCUGACGUCUCCGGCUCAUCAACCCCACAAGGACACAGUGUCUCGGCAAUAAUCUUCAAACCCAACAAGCCAGUCAUUGUUCCUAGCUCGGAUGUGAACAUCGACUUCGAGCGCCGCAGUAAAGCAUCCUACACAGGCUUCGCGAUGGUAACCUCGAUCGCGCACGUAUGGUUCAACCCAUACUUCGAAGGCGGAGCCGAGCACGACUCGGGCGUCUUUGAGACAGAAUGGGAUGCAAUGGAUGGGAUCAAGGGGAGUGCGAGGAAGGGGAUCCGGGCGUUAGACAAGCUGAAAGUUGUAUGGCGGUAUCCUGCGGCGGAGACGGUGGAAGCCAGUGCCGCCAGUAAAGGCAAGGGGAAAGGGGAGAAGAGCGAGGAUAACGUGCCGGCAGCGGGAAGGCCGAUCAGCGAGCCUAAACCUGGCGACCCCAUUCAUGAAAGCGAGCCGCCUGACUGGCGCGGACUGCCUCAGGGAGAUAUGAAGGAGAACCGGCGUCCUUCUAGGAGUUCGUCACAGAAAAGUACUGCUGCAAGUAUCUCGGACAAGACUAAGGAACUGGGACAUGCCAUUGAGAAGGAACUUGGACUGCGGAAGCAGACGGGUGAUAGUCGGGGUGUUAGUCUUGCUGGGAGCGAUGAUGAGACGACGACUACUACUGAUGAUGAGGGCCGGAAGGUCAAAGUCUCAAAGGUGCAUAGUGAAGAUCUUGAGGGGGUGAAGACGAAUUAUCCGAAGAAUGGGGGGAAAUAG